UGUGAGACCGCUACGGUGGGACCAUUCAAUUAGUAUAUCUCUUCCAGUAUAAAUAGACGCACUCCGAAUUUCUCGGGUCUGCAUUUAUUUAGUCAAAUAAAAUUGAAUGAGGACCAAUUAAAUUGAAUUUGACAGAGAAACACGGUUGGUUGCCGGAGAGUAAGACAGUCCGUUGUUUAUCCUACUAUUCCGGUGGACUCCUCAACUUAUCCAUUUCAACUUCCUAAAAUUAGAAGAAAGAAAAAAUCACCACUCUUUCUACGCACAUUCGCCGUCUACAUUCAGCCUCCACCUCCCCAUUCCGCCGCACGCCGCCCUCUCUCAGCAUGUCAUGCUUUUCCACACCGCGUCUAUAGCCCGGCUUCUUUCGCCGUUUUAAGGAAGAAGAAGCGAGGGAGAUUACAAAAAAAAAGGAGGGGGAGAAAUUGAUCGGAGAAGCUAGGGUUUUGUUGAUUGAUUUAACAAUGACGAGGCAAAUCGUACUCCGUCCGGCGGGGUCGAUGGCGGACCGGCGGCAGCCGCUGUUGGAGAACUCGGACUACUCGUCGCAGAGUAGCGUGAGGAAAGUGAGGCUGGCGGAGUUGGCGGGAGGGACGGCGGCGGAGUGCGCGGCGGUUUGCUGCUGCUGCCCCUGCGGCCUUGUCAACCUCCUCGUCCUGGCUGUGUACAAGCUUCCGGCGGGGCUAUGCCGGAAGGCUCUGAGGAGGAAGCGCCGCCGCAGGCUCAUGAAGAUGGGGCUGCUGCCGCCGCGCAAGUGCAGCUGCGACGAGCAGGAGUUUCAAAUCCACGCCGUCGCGCCUCCACUCGCCGUGCUGAGUGCUCUGGAAUCUGGAACGGAAAACGAGGAGGUUAUUGAGCUCGAUAAGGAAAUGAUGGAGAAGUUCUACGGCGGCGGUUUCUGGAGGAGCUUUUCCCGACGGGAUGAAAUUUAAGGACAGUAAAUCAUUAAUAAUUACUGCGUCAUUAGCAGUAAAAAUUGUCUGGUUAAAUUUACUGUAUGUAUUGUUUUCACUAUAUCUAAUUGCUAUUAAUAUUUUUUCUCUCGUCAUGGUGUACAGAGGAUGUUGGU